UGGCCGCGCUCAGCGCCGCGCCGCUGCAGCUCAACUCCAGCUAGAGUGAAAAUCUGCGGGAGCCUACCUUCGCCGCCACUUCUGGGGUCACUGCCGUGGCAAAUGGAAAUACUAUGGAAUGAGAAGGUCAGUUCCACCUCUCUCUUCGCCUUCCAGACUUUGGCAGACGAAAUUCAGAUGGACUUUGUCAGGUGGCCCCACUACUCGUUCUUUGCAUAACUGAGGGGUGAUGCCCCAAAAUCCUCCAGAGAAGAGCAAGGCCUAUCCCCGCCGACGCCCUGGGCACGACACAGGCCCUGAGAGACCCGAAGCUGUCUCAGCCACAGCCAUGUACACCUUCCUGCCUGACAACUUCUCGCCUGUCAAGCCCAAACCAUCAAAAGAACUGAAGCCGCUGCUGGGCUCAGGGGUGCUGGGACUGCUGCUGGUGUUGGCCGCAGUGGUGGCCUGGUGUUACUACAGCGCCUCUCUACGCAAGGCGGAACGUCUGCGUGCGGAACUGCUGGACCUCAACCUUGGCGGCUUCUCUAUCCGCAACCAGAAAGGCGAGCAGGUCUUCCGCCUGGCCUUCCGCUCAGGUGCGCUGGACCUUGACUCCUGCAGCCGCGAUGGUGCCCUGCUGGGCUGCUCUCGAACCGCGGAUGGGCGUCCACUACACUUCUUCAUCCAGACUGUGCGACCCAAAGACACAGUCAUGUGCUACCGCGUGCGUUGGGAGGAGGCAGCGCCGGGGCGUGCAGUGGAGCAUGCCAUGUUCCUGGGAGACGAGAGGGCACAUUGGUAUGGCGGUGCUGAGAUGAGGACCCAGCAUUGGCCCAUCAGGCUGGAAGGCCAGCAGGAGCCGCAGCCCUUUGUCACCAGCGACGUCUACUCCUCCGACUCAGCUUUUGGGGGCAUCCUGGAGCGCUACUGGCUGUCAUCACGCGCAGCUGCCAUCAAGGUCAAUGACUCAGUGCCCUUCCACCUGGGUUGGAACAGCACAGAGCGCUCACUGAGGCUGCAGGCACGUUAUAAUGACACACCCUACAAGCCACCAGCUGGUCUCCCCGCCGCCCCGGAGCUCAGCUACCGUGUGUGCGUUGGCUCAGAUGUCACCUCCAUCCACAAGUACAUGGUACGGCGCUAUUUCAACAAGCCAUCAAGGGUGCCAGCACCUGAGACCUUCCGGGACCCCAUCUGGUCCACGUGGGUGCUGUACGGGCGUGCAGUGGACCAGGACAAGGUGCAGCAUUUUGCCCAGCAGAUCCGCCAGCACCGCUUCAACAGCAGCCACCUGGAAAUCGACGACAUGUACACACCUGCUUAUGGUGACUUCGACUUUGACGAGGUCAAGUUCCCCAAUGCUAGUGACAUGUUCCGCAACUUGCGCGACGCUGGAUUUAAAGUCACGCUCUGGGUGCACCCAUUCGUCAACUACAAUUCAUCAUCCUUUGGGGAGGGUGUGGAGCGAGAGCUGUUCGUGCGUGAACCCACGGGCCGGCUGCCCGCACUGGUGCGCUGGUGGAAUGGCAUCGGCGCCGUACUGGACUUCACGCGGCCUGAAGCCCGCGACUGGUUCCAGGGGCAUCUGCGGCGGCUGCGCUCACGCUACGAGGUGGCCUCCUUCAAGUUCGACGCGGGUGAGGUCAGCUAUUUGCCACGGGACUUUAGCACCUACAGGUCGCUGCCAGACCCCAACAUAUGGAGCCGGCGCUACACUGAGAUGGCGCUUCCCUUCUUCUCACUGGCUGAGGUCCGCGUGGGCUACCAGUCGCAGAAUAUCUCAUGCUUCUUCCGCCUGGUGGACCGUGACUCGGUGUGGGGCUACGAUCUGGGACUGCGCUCACUCAUCCCCGCCGUGCUCACUGUCAGCAUGCUUGGCUACCCGUUCAUCCUGCCGGAUAUGGUGGGUGGCAAUGUGGUGCCUGAGCGCACAGCGGGUGGUGGCAAUGUGCCGGAGCGCGAGCUCUACGUGCGCUGGCUGGAGGUGGCUGCUUUCAUGCCUGCUAUGCAGUUCUCAGUCCCACCCUGGCAAUAUGACGCUGAAGUGGUGGCCAUCGCGCACAAGUUCGCCGCACUUAGGGCCUCGCUUGUGGCACCGCUGUUGCUUGAGCUGGCGGGUGAGGUCACCGACACUGGGGACCCAAUUGUGCGCCCGCUUUGGUGGAUUGCGCCAGGCGAUGAGACAGCGCACCGCAUCGACUCGCAGUUCCUUAUCGGAGACACACUGCUGGUGGCACCAGUAUUGGAGCCUGGCAAGCAGGAACGUGAUGUCUACCUGCCGGCAGGCAAGUGGCGCAGUUAUAAGGGUGAGCUUUUUGACAAAACGCCAGUGCUGCUCACCGAUUAUCCUGUCGACCUGGACGAGGUAGCCUACUUCAUUUGGGCAUCCUGACCCAGCCCAGGACCAGGGAACCCCACAGUUCUAACCCAAGUCUUUUAUGAAGGCCUUUUACCCUCCAUCACAACCACACCUGUAUCCCCAGGAAGUCCCUACCUCUGUACUACCCACUAUGUGGGUGCUGACAUAAAUGUGCUCCACCCAGCUCCUGUAGGGCCAGAGGAGGGGGCAGUGAAGCAACCUCCCACUCCUAUGCACAAUCCUAACAGCCCCCUUCCCUACACACUCAUUCCAUCUGCAGAAACCUUUCCCCUGUGGUGAGGGUGAGUGAGCUCAGAGGAAAAAGAGUCAGUUCCUGUUACGCAUGGUUCGGUUUUAAAAGCACAAACAAACAAACAAAUACACCUCACUCUUUAUCCUGGACUGAAUGGCCAUCUCGUCCUUCUGAAGUGGGCACUUGAUCCUCUUUAAGGUCCCAAUAUAGCCCCCGGCCACACUUUGAAGAAGGUGGAGUUGAAAGCCAGACCCUGAGUUCCCAGCAUUGGCCUGAACUAUGACUGACCUGCUCCCACUUGAGCUGGCAAGACGGGACAGGGGUACUUGGCCAACUGACAAGGAAACAGAAGGUCCCCUCCCAGAAGUCAGGGGACUUGGUUCAGCAUAGUACCAUCAUCAUUGUCCCUCAGUUGUGAAGAAGCUCCUAAUGCUAAACUAACCCAUCUGUGUACACAUAAGCACUCAGCCCCCUGAGCCAGGGCCGCCACCUGAUGGGCAAAGACUUGCAAAAACAUGCAGGUUAGACUUGGUGCCUUGAUGCCUGAACUGUGUGUGUGUAUGCGUGUGCGUAUGUGUGUGUCACACAAGAACGUGUGUGUGUGUGUAUGUGUGUGAGAGAGAGAGAGAGAGAGAGCGAGAGUCAGAGAGACAGAGAGGGAGGCAUCAUGUGUCCCUGGAAGUGCAAAGUGAACACAAUACCCCUCAGACUAGAUAAGCCUGGAGGGAAAAGGCAGGGAGCAAAUUUGAGGCUUUGAUUGUUGACUUGUCCCUGGGGUUUUGGUAGGAAAUAAAUAGUCCUUCAAGAUUCCCCAGCUGCCUCAGUCCCUGCACACGUGGCAGGGUUGUGGCCUGAAAGGAAGAGAGAUUCUUAUUCUGGUGGUGGUGUGCUUUAGCACACAAACUACCCGUGUACAUCUCCACAUGCAAAUACACAUACAGGGUAAGGUCUUUCAUCUCAGCUAUGUUCCCCUUCUAUGAACAAUCUCAGCCAGGGCAAGUUUUUUUUCUGACUUUGCAGUUGAAUCUGGAGAAGUGUCUUGCCAGAGCAAAGAGGUCAGAAACAUAGCAGGGCUCAGCCUUCUACAGCUUGGACAGCAGAACCAGUUCCUCAGCCCCUAGAGAAUGCAUCCCUUUGCCCACCCCUCUACCCCCUCUAUUUUCUCAGUGUAAUGAAUGUCUAAUGAAAGUUUAAAGGUACUCACAGGUGCCCAUUUCCAGUGCUGAUUCUACCAGUCAUCAAUAAGCUUUGUGACCUUGAGCGAGCUGUUUAACUUCCCUGAGCCUCAGUUUCCUCUUAUACAAAAUGAUGAUAAUAAUGCCUACCUCCCAGGCUGUUGUGGGAAUUAUAAGUAUGGAUGUAUGUAAAGUGCCUGGCACAAGUAGG